GCAGCUUGGCAGUGCCUGUGUGUGUGUGUGUGGUGUGUGGUGUGUGGUGUGUGGCUGCACUGAGAGAAACGGCUUUGACAGCACCUAGUUAUACACAGAAAUGGCGGAGGGAGAGUUGGACGUUGACUCGUUGAUCUCCAGGCUCUUGGAAGUGCGGGGAUGUCGUCCUGGGAAGAUCGUGCAGAUGACGGAAGCGGAGGUGCGGGGGCUGUGCAUCAAGUCCAGAGAGAUCUUCCUCAGCCAGCCAAUCCUGCUGGAGCUGGAGGCGCCACUCAAAAUCUGCGGUGACAUCCACGGGCAGUACACAGACCUGCUGCGGCUCUUUGAGUAUGGGGGCUUCCCUCCGGAGGCUAACUACCUGUUCCUGGGGGACUACGUGGACCGGGGCAAGCAGAGCCUAGAGACCAUCUGCCUGCUGCUGGCCUACAAGAUCAAAUACCCCGAGAACUUCUUCCUGCUGCGCGGGAACCACGAGUGCGCCUCCAUCAACCGCAUCUACGGCUUCUACGACGAGUGCAAGCGACGCUUCAACAUCAAACUGUGGAAAACCUUCACUGACUGCUUCAACUGCCUGCCCAUCGCUGCCAUCGUUGACGAGAAGAUCUUCUGCUGCCAUGGAGGCCUCUCCCCCGACCUGCAGUCCAUGGAGCAGAUCCGCCGCAUCAUGAGGCCGACGGACGUGCCGGACACCGGGUUACUGUGCGACCUGCUGUGGUCAGACCCAGAUAAGGAUGUGCAGGGCUGGGGAGAGAACGACCGCGGCGUCUCCUUUACGUUCGGCGCCGACGUGGUCAGCAAGUUCCUCAACCGGCACGACCUGGACCUCAUCUGUAGAGCGCACCAGGUGGUGGAGGACGGGUACGAGUUCUUUGCCAAGCGGCAGCUGGUCACCUUAUUCUCCGCCCCCAACUACUGCGGGGAGUUUGACAACGCGGGGGGCAUGAUGAGCGUGGAUGAGACCCUCAUGUGCUCCUUCCAGAUCCUGAAACCUUCCGAGAAGAAAGCCAAGUACCAAUAUGGAGGGAUGAAUUCUGGCCGCCCCGUCACCCCACCCCGCACAGCCACCCCUCCGAAGAAGCGGUGAAGAACGGAUAGAGAAAGAGAGAGAGGGAUAGCGAGAGAGAGAGAGAGAGAGAGACGUGUGGAUGAGUGAGACUUCUGCAGUCCUUGUCGCAGAGCAACACAAGACCUGAAGUAACUUGUGUGAUUUUCUGAGGGAAACCCCCCCCCACCCAUCCCCUAUCUUACCCCCCACCCCCGCCCCGGCCCACUGCUUUUCACUGCACUGCCCUCCCCCCACCGUGCCCCACCCCCCGCCUGCGUUUGACCAUGCCCAUUUAAACAGGAAGUGUGUAUAUGCACCGAGCCAUCGUUCCGUUUUCACACCAGAGUGUUUCUCCAGACAUGUACAUCCCAGAUACUAGAACCUGUUUGGUUUCCGGUUACAUUUGCCCCCCACAACCCACCCCGACUGUACAAAAGAACAGGUAAUACAAGGCAAAAUGCUGGGUUUUCAAUAAAUAACUUGGGGAAUAAA